AUGGCGUCUGGUGGUGGUGGUGGCUGUAGCGCUUCGGAGAGACUACCUCCUCCCUUUCCUUACCCGGAGCCGGAGUCCGAGGGGGCGGCUGGAGGGUCAGAACCCGAGGUUGGGGACAGCGACACUGAGGGAGAGGACAUUUUCACUGGCGCCGUGACUACCAGUAAGCCCCAGUCUCCAAAGAGUACUGCUUCACUUCUUCCCAUCAACAAUGGCUCCAAAGAAAAUGGGGUCCAUGAGGAACAAGACCAAGAACCACAGGAUCUCUUUGCAGAUGCCACAGUGGAGCUAUCCCUGGACAGCACUCAAAGUAAUCAGAAAAAGACACCAGCCAGAACUCUGAUUUCUCUCCCAUCUCAGGAAGACACACAUUCUUCUAAGCUCCAGCCAAGCUAUGAGGAGCUAGAGGAAGAAGAACAAGAGGACCAGUUUGAUUUGACAGUCGGUAUAACUGAUCCCGAGAAAAUAGGAGAUGGUAUGAAUGCCUACGUAGCCUACAAAGUUACAACACAGACGAGCUUACCAAUGUUCAGAAGUAAACAGUUUUCUGUGAAAAGAAGAUUUAGUGAUUUUCUGGGUCUUUAUGAGAAGCUUUCGGAGAAACAUUCUCAUAAUGGCUUCAUUGUCCCUCCUCCGCCAGAGAAGAGUCUAAUAGGAAUGACAAAAGUGAAAGUUGGGAAAGAAGAUUCUUCUUCUGCAGAAUUUCUUGAAAAACGAAGGGCUGCUCUAGAAAGGUACCUUCAAAGGAUUGUGAAUCAUCCUACCAUGCUACAGGACCCUGAUGUCAGAGAGUUUUUGGAAAAAGAAGAGCUGCCCCGUGCUGUGGGCACCCAGACGUUGAGUGGUGCUGGUCUCCUCAAGAUGUUCAACAGAGCCACAGACGCAGUCAGCAAAAUGACUAUCAAGAUGAAUGAAUCAGACAUUUGGUUUGAGGAGAAGCUCCAGGAGGUAGAAUGUGAGGAGCAGCGCUUACGGAAACUGCAUGCUGUUGUAGAGACUCUAGUCAACCAUAGGAAAGAGCUAGCGCUGAACACUGCCCAGUUUGCAAAGAGUCUAGCCAUGCUUGGAAGUUCUGAGGACAACACAGCAUUGUCACGGGCACUCUCCCAGCUGGCUGAGGUGGAAGAGAAAAUUGAGCAGCUCCACCAGGAACAGGCCAACAAUGACUUCUUCCUCCUCGCUGAGCUGCUGAGUGACUACAUUCGCCUGCUGGCCAUAGUCCGUGCUGCUUUUGACCAGCGCAUGAAGACAUGGCAACGUUGGCAGGAUGCUCAAGCCAUACUGCAGAAGAAGCGGGAGGCUGAAGCCCGGCUGCUGUGGGCCAACAAGCCUGACAAGCUGCAGCUGGCCAAGGAUGAGAUUACAGAGUGGGAGUCUCGGGUAGCUCAGUAUGAAAGAGACUUUGAAAGGAUUUCAACAGUGGUUCGGAAAGAAGUGAUACGAUUUGAGAAAGAGAAAUCCAAGGACUUCAAAAACCACGUGAUCAAGUACCUGGAGACACUUCUGUAUUCACAGCAGCAGCUGGCAAAGUACUGGGAAGCCUUCCUCCCUGAGGCAAAGGCCAUCUCUUAA